AGUACAACGCGUGUCAUUUUGCAGCAUUCCGCUCAAUCGCAGCCAUGGCAACAGCCGGCGACGCCGACUUUCUUGCGAGAGUGUACUUGAAGCUCACCUGGGUUAAGGUGGCUCCAACUGCUGGAGAGCUCCUGAGCCUUUUGUCCAAAAGGAGCUCAGAUUUGGGAGUCCACACUGAGGUGCUUCAGUCUAGAGACGACACAGCUACAUGGAUUCUUUGUGACUACCACACUGCAGAACCUGAGAAUACGACUGACGCUCUCAUUCCAAGCUUGGAACCUUUCAAGUCUGAAGUCUUCCGGCGAAGCUUUCCUUUGCUCGAAGCAGGGGAUCCCAGUGAAAGGUGGCUUGGAGAAGGCGACUUCGUUGGGCCCAUGCAGGAGGCCUUGUAUUACGCCGUGUUCUUUGACAUUGCCCCAGAGCACCUGGCUGCCUUUGAGCAAGGCUUGACCGCAGAAGCUCAUGCCGUCGCACGCAUGGAGCCCAAGACUGCGCGCUUCCACCUGUGGCAGAACACCAGUGAUGCUUCCCGAUGGGUGGUGCUGGAAGCCUUUCGUGAAGCGGCAGGUCGAGAGGAACAUGCCUCAAUGCCGCACUACUUGAAGGUCAGGGCCCAGCUGGAGGAAUGGCAAAGAAGUCCCAGGACCCACGACUCGGGUUAUUCCUUGAUUUUGUCGUGAGCUGCCCAAGCUUCGCCGUGACCAGCUGCCAAGACUUGGAAGACCCUACGAUGGCCUGACCUUGAACUGCUUCGCGAUGGAGCUCUGGUGUACUCGUGCUUGAGACGAGGAUGGAUCCCGA